CAGGCCGGUAUUUGUCAAGUUGAAACGAGCAUUGGAAAACAACUGGUUAACGGGUCGGGUCAAGACCUGGCAUCCAUAAUACAUACACGGCCCGCGCGUUCUUCCUUUGCUAGUUAUUGUGAAGAAGGAGACGAAGAAGGAACACAACGAAGGACUCUAGGGUUUCAGAUUUCGGGGCUCAGAUCAAUUGUAAAUUCACUAUUCAACCAUUAAAUCAAAGAAUUAAUCCGCGAAGGAAGAUUGUGACUGGUACAAUUGAUGGGGCAUUUGAGGGAAUUUCUGAAUCCAAGUGCUUGGAGAAAUUUCUGUAGAGAUUAAAGAGUAGGCAUUAAAGGAAUGCAUGGACAUACCCCAGGAUCUGCUCUCGUAGUAAAUGCCGAGGUUGACUCCAUGGGAGGGGUCAUUGAUGGUGGAGUUGGUAUUGAUAGCAAAUCCUCUCCACGGCGAGCAGCAAUUGAGAAGGCUCAAGCAGAGUUGAGGCAGGAGUAUGAUGUUCGUGAGGAGCGCAGAAGGGAGCUAGAGUUUCUUGAGAAAGGCGGUAAUCCAUUGGAUUUUAAACUCAGAUCUGCAACCUCAAUCAGUGUUCAGUCUACUUCUUUGACAGAUCAGCCUGCUGAGCAGUUUGUGACAAGUGAAGCGAAGGGUAGCUUUGCAUUGGCUGCCUCACCUCAUGGAGAUUCUGUUGAAAGUAGUGGCAGGCCUGGGGCUCCUUCAACUCGUGAGCCAAAUAGUGGUGAUAAUCUCUUACUUUUUGAUGGUGAAAGUUAUCCACCUGAGGGCAAGAGAAAUUCUAAACAUACUGGUAGAAGAAGUAACAUUUCUCCAUCGGAACAUUCCUCUCGGUUAGAUGGGAAUCACAAGGCAAAGGAGUCUGAAGACUCGGUGAUAUUCCGCCUUGUGAAAAGUCAAGCAUAUGCUCGAAGAAACAGGUCCAGAUCAAGUCGUGAGAGUGCUCGAGCUUGCUCAGCUGAUGUAGUUCCACCUGCUGAUGGCAAUGGAUCUUCAAGUUUACUCUCUGCUCGCCAUGGUUCAAGGGAUGCAAAGGGGUCAUUAAGCGAAGCAAAGGCUCAAAAGGACCACACUGUGUCUUCCAUUUCUAACUCAAAAUCAACAGGUCCAAAUGGCAGUUUGGUUUCUAAGACUCUGGCUUCUGGUAAUCAGGUGGAUAUGCAAUUGGAUGCUGUGCAUGCUCAUAAGACAGCUACAGCCCUGCCAAAAGCUGGCCUGCCUGAAGUGCCUGAAGUUAUGGCUUCCAAAGACCGGCAGAAUGGCAAUGAUAAUCAGCAACUGCCAGUGGGAGAUGGUAAGGUUGCUCCUGAUCUGAGUGAACAGGGAGUUGAAGCUUGUCUUGAUUUGAAGCCUUCCAUUGUUACUGCAAAGACAGAGAAUCAUCCAGGUGUUGGUGAGCUUAGUAGAGACGAAAAAGACAUGCAAAAUGAAGCUCAAAAUGGAAUUACAGCUUUGAGUACAAAGGGGUUAGACUCGGAAUCCUCCAGCACUCAAAUUACCCAUAGCUUAGAUGGGAAUACAGCCAAUGAUCCUUGUCUGAAUCAAGUUCAUGCUAAUGGAAAUUCCAAUGAACAGAAAUUAAUCUUUGAAGAAAGUCAUGCUACCGUCGAUGCCAAUGCGGCCAAACAAGACAGUGAGACCAAAGCUGUUGAUGCUCUUUGUGUGAGUAUUGAUAUUUGUGAUUCUGUUCAGCAAAACCUGAGCAACAAUGUCUCUAAUGUCAAAUUUGAGGAGGAAAUAUGCGAUAGUAGAACUGGCUUGCAAAAUGAGGGGAUGCCUUCUAACAACAUUGACGGGACAGAGCCCAGUAGCAAUGUUGGUUCAAAAACAGAGAAUAAGCCAGAUAAUUCAUUGGAUGAUAAUUCCAAUUUGAGAAAGGCAGGUUUCUCUCCUCAGGGUGGACCUUCAAGCACUGCUGUUUCCUCAAAUUGUGAGCUUCCAGAUCCCACUUCUUCUGGGAGGGGCCUUGUAGCUGCCUCGGAGCCUCAAACUUGUGGUGGGAACCGGCUAAAAGUGUUGAACAAUGAGCAUGAAAAUUUUAUUCUGAAAGAGGCACAGACAAUAGAAGCCAAGCGUAAGAGGAUUUCCGAGCUAUCUGUGGGAAAUUUGCCUUCUGAGUACCGGCGCAAAUCUCACUGGGACUUUGUCCUCGAGGAAAUGGCAUGGUUGGCAAAUGACUUUAUGCAGGAGCGUCUUUGGAAGAUAACUGCCGCCGCCCAUAUAUGUCAUUCGGUUGCAUUUACUGGUUGGUUCAGGUUUAAUGAACAGAAUCUACGUCGGAAGCAACGAAAAGUAGCUCACAUCUUGGCAAAGGCUGUCAUGCAGUUCUGGAAUUCAGCUGAGACUUUUCUAAGCAGUAAUGAUCCAACUGUUGGGCUUAAUGAAUGGAAGUCAGAUUUGGUUGGAUCAGCAGAUGUUAAUGCGGGUGAAGCCAUUGAAGACCGCAUUGGAGAACCUAAUAUGGAAACAAGCAAACAUUUGGAAGAACAAAAUCGUGGUCAAAGCCCCAGACUUGCAAUUCAGGGAUAUGCAGUGAGGUUCCUGAAAUGUAAUAGCUUCCACGAUCAUCCUCUCCAAGCUGAAGCACCAGUGACUCCUGACAGGAUAUCUGAUACGGGCAUUCUGGAACGGGAGGAACAUUUUUCAAAAGAAAGCCUUUUCUAUACUGUUCUCCCUUGUGCAAUGGGAGACUACAGAAGAUCCGUCGAAUCUCAUUGGGCACAGUAUGAGAAAACUGGCAACAAUAUGCAACAGGAGGAAGUUGUGACAUCUAUGUAUGAUGCUUUAUCAGAGUUUGGAUCUCGAGAGAAUGCAUAUGAAGAGGAUGAAGGAGAAACUGGAGCAUAUUAUUCUCCUGGAAACUUUCAAGGUAGAAAAUCUUCAAAAUUUGCUCAGAAGAAGCGGAAAACAUUACUGCAAUCAUAUUCUCCAAGGUCAUAUGAAGUUGGAGCUGAUUUGCCUUACGGCAUGGGAACUAAACUGGCUACUCAGACAUCCUCGUUAAUCGGGAAAAGACCUAACAGUCUGGCUGUCGGUUCAAUUCCAACGAAACGUAUGCGUACUGCAGCCAGGCAGCGGGUUCUAAGCCCUUUUAGUGCUGCAGCUACUGGGAAUUUACAGAUUACUAGCAAAACUGAUGUUUCAAGUGGAGACACUAGUUCUUUUCAGGAUGACCAGAGCCUUCAUGGUGGAUCCCAGUUUAGGAAACCCAUGGAGGUUGAGUCAACAGGAGAAUUCGGCAAGCAGUCACCUUUUGAUUAUACAGAUAUAUCGACAAAACCGAAAAAGAAGAAGAAGGCUAAGCAUUUACUUUAUAAGAACUCAUUACAUUCAACAGAAGCUGCCAUUCUUCCUGGCAAAGGUGUUGCGUAUGAACAGAGAUGGCAGCUUGAUUCCAUGGUUCAAAAUGAUCAGAGGGAUCAUGCCAAAAAGAGAUCGGAGGGUCAUCAUUUUGAAUCUAAUGGAAACAGUGGUCUUUUUGGCCAACAUGCUGCGAAGAAGCCUAAGAUCCUGAAGCAAUUAACAGAUACUUGUCCUGAGAACUUUGCUCCAGUGGCUGGUUCAAUUCCUUCACCGGUGGGUUCCCAAAUGAGUAACAUGUCCAAUCCAAAUAAACUAAUGAAAAUGAUUGCUGGCCGGGAUCGAGGCAGGAAAGCCAAGGCACCGAAGGCACCUGCUGGGCAGUCAGGGUCAGGGAGUCCAUGGUCACUAUUUGAAGAUCAGGCACUCGUUGUCCUUGUACAUGAUAUGGGUCCAAACUGGGAGCUUGUAACUGAUGCUAUCAACAGUACACUGCAAUUCAAGUGCAUCUUUCGGAAACCUAAAGAAUGCAAAGAGCGUCACAAAAUUUUAAUGGAUAGGAAUGGUGGUGAUGGAGCUGAUAGUGCUGAAGAUUCAGGAUCAUCUCAACCUUAUCCAUCUACUUUACCUGGCAUUCCAAAGGGCAGUGCCAGACAGUUGUUUCAACGUUUGCAAGGUCCGAUGGAAGAGGAUACUCUUAAGUCUCAUUUUGAGAAAAUCAUUUUGCUUGGUCAGCAACUGCAUUCUCGUAGGAGCCAGAACGGUAAUCAGGAACUGAAGCAAAUAGCACCAGUCCACAAUUCUCAUAUGCUUGCGGUAUCUCAAGUCUGCCCAAAUAAUGGUCCUCUAACGCCUCUUGAUCUUUGUGAUGCGACAACAUCCAGCCCAGAUGUUAUUUUAUAUCAAGGGUCUCAUAAUAGUGGUUUAGCAAUUCCAAAUCAGGGCUCUGUUGCUCCAGUUCUUCCAACUUCUAGUGCAAAUGCCAUGCUACAAGGUUCUUCUGGUAUCACUCUCGGCAGUAGCCUGCCAUCACCUUCUGCUGCCCUGAGUGCUCCUACGAGGGAUGGUCAAAGAUAUGGUGCUCCAAGACCAGCAUCUCUACCAAUUGAUGAACAACAAAGAAUUCAACGGUAUAAUCAAAUGCUAUCUGGUAGGAACAUUCAGCAGUCUGGCAUGACCGUUCCUGGGGCUAUGCCAGGCACAGAUCGUGGUGUUCGUAUGCUACCUGGUGGAAAUGGUAUGGGUAUGAUGUGUGGAAUGAAUAGAGGCAUGCCAAUUCCUCGACCAGGAUUUCAGGGAAUAGGUUCAGCAGCUAUGCUGAACUCUGGAAGUAUGCUUCCCUCUGGUGGGGUGGGGAUGCCAAGCCCUGUAAAUAUGCACCCUGGAGCUGUUUCUGUGCAGGGAAACUCUAUGCUUGGACCCCGUGAUGCUUUGCAUUUGAUGCGGCCUGGUCAGAAUCCAGAAGAUCAGAGACAGAUGAUGAUGCAAGAACUUCAGAUGCAGGUCACACAAGGGAGCAGCCAAGGGGUGCCCUCUUAUAAUGGGCUGAGUACUGCAUUCUCCAAUCAGACAAUCCCUCCACCAGUUCAGACGUUUCCAGUCCAACAUCAACAGCAACAUCAGAUGCCCCCACAACAAUCACAUGUGCUUGGAAACCCACACCAUUCUCGCCUCCAAGGAAACAGCCCUGCUACUAACCCACAGCAGCAAGCUUAUGUUCUUCGCCUUGCUAAAGAGAGGCAGCUUCAGCAACGCUACUUGCAGCAGCAACAGCAACAGUUUGCUGCCUCCAAUCCUUUGAUGCCACAUCCCCCACCGCAGUCUCAACAUUCGAUAUCAUCUUCCAUACAAAAUAGUUCCCAGAUUCAGCAGCAGGUAUCCUCUCAGCCAGUAUCAAUGCCCCCUGCAAAUUCCCAGCAUCCCCUGACACCGUCUUCUCCAAUGAAUCCCAUCUCUCCACAACCCCAGCAGAAACAUCACGUGCCAACUCAUGGGCUUGGUCGAAACCCUCAAGCUGGUGGUGUUAACCUCCCAAAUCAGAUGAUGAAGCAACGGCAGCGGCCACAGCAACAGCUUCAACAGCCUGGCAGACAUCACCCUCAACAACGGCAACAGUCACAAUCACUGCAGCAUCAGGCUAAACUUAUGAAGGGAUUGGGCAGAGGAAACAUGAUACAUCAGAAUCUUACUGUUGAUGCAUCCCAUGUGAAUGGCCUUCCUACAACUCAAGGAAAUCAAGUUGCUGAGAAGGGCGAUCAGGCCAUGCAUCUGAUGCAAGGGCAGGGCUUAUAUCCUGGCUCAGGCUCCAAUUCCAUUCAACCUGGUAAACAGUUAAUCCACCAAUCCUCAAAUCAGUGCCAGCCACAACAAAAGAUGUUUCCUCGUCCACCACCCCCUUCAUCUAAGCAGCUAGCGCAGAUGCCUUCUCAUCAUGAUAACUGCAAUCAAGGACAGGUCCCACCAGUUCCUUCUGGUCAUAUGUUACCAUCCCAACAACCAGUACCUCCGCUGUCUAUGGCUUCUUCCCACCAGCAGCAGCAUCCACAACCACAACCACAGCCACAACCAAGGCAGGCAGGUCAACCACAUGGUGCCCAAAGAAUGCUUCAACAGAGUCGGCAAAUGAAUUCUGAUCCGCCAAUGCAGUCCCCGGAUGAGAAUAUUCAAGUUGGCCAGCAGGUUGGGAACAAGGCAUUUCAGAUGGUUACCACCACAACAAUGCCUCAGUCCUGUUCUGAAUCGACAAGUGUUGUACCUGUAGUUUCCACUGCGAGCCCUCCACAGUGGAAGGCAUCAGAGCCAUUAUAUGAUGCAGGUUCGCCAAAUGCAACCACUAACUUGGCUGCCAUUGGAAAUUCAUCUUUGCCAAAUACUGUAGGAACCGAGUCCAAGGCCUCUACUAGCCAAGGUUUAGCCCAGAGGCCAUUCUCAGGCAGCAUGCCCAUUCAUGGACAAAAAAUUGGGACACAGUGGCCACAGCCACCGCAACAUCAUCAAACAUCACAACUGCCGUUACCGCCACCACCAUCACCUUCUGCCUCCCAACAACAACAAACACAACAAAUUCAGCAGCAGCAACAGCAACAGCAACAACACCAUCAUCAUCAACCACCACCAUCCCACCCUCCACCCCCACCUGCAGCCCAACCCCCACAAUCAAACCCAACGUUCCAACAUCAUCAUCAUGAGCCACCCCACCCGCAGCAAUCUCAGCAGCCGCAUCUGCCAGGAGGAGAGGGUGGUCUACACUCCAAGCCUACCAAUUCUGGAUCAGGAUGAAGAACUGGAGUGAUUGAGCAGUCCUCAGUGUAGUGGGUUGGUCUGGUUGGGCUUUUGUUCUGCAUGCCCAUAUAACAGCAAUGUACAGGUAAAGAGCUAAUUCCAUGAUCCAGAUUCUUCUAACUGUAUACUAACACAUCCAUAUGUCAUAUAGUGAACAGACUCAUGGGGAUACAUGGUGGGAUUCUUUUGUUCGGUUUCGUGGAAAAUGUGAAACUAAUUGGGGGCAUGGGGUUAUGUACAGAUGGAAGCUGGUUACUCCCUGUCAGAGUGGUUUGAUGGAAAGAGGGUCCUGGUGCAGGUUUCACCGGAGUUGGAAUGAUGGCAAUGGGGGGUGAUUGUUUUUUUUGAGGAAUCUUAUUGUUCUUCCAUGUACAUUACUAAUGAUAUAAGCGUCGGAGAGAGGGUGACAGAGAGGUACAUGUACAGGGGUCCCAUUCCUAUUUUUCUCUUUGUUCCCUCUUUUAGCACCCCGAGUUGCUGUGUACAGGGGAAGGGGGUCUUGGUUUCUUUCUGGCUCCCAUCAAUGGUGAAUGUAUUAUUAUGUUUUUGGAUUAUUAAGCUGUUAGUGAUCAUUGUUCUUAGCAAA